AGCACCGACGCCAUGCUGGAGUCGGCUCUGCCUGGAUACACGUUUCUGUCUCGUUUCCUCUUGACUCACUUCAAGAUCGACCUGUCUCAUUACUGCUUCUGGUUGCUUCUCAUUGUCUGUAGGCGCCUGGCGAUCCGAUAUGUUCUGGAUCUGUUUAUGUCUCCAUUCAAAUCUGUCUCUGCAAUUGUUGGCAACUCAUUCACUUGCAGGAUUGAAAUCCAAGGUCAGGACAAGAUCUAUAGAUAUCUCCUGCACUGGGUAAUGCGGCACAGUUCUAUGAAUAGAGCCAAGCACCUACUCACCAGCAACUCAUUGUUUAUCCGCGGUCGAUAUGUAUUCAUACAGUCCCGGCUGGACCCGAAUGAAGAUGACAUGGAGCCGGAGUAUAAGCCAGGGGAAAAAUUCGACGAGUGGUGGAGCAAGGUUAUUGCGAAACGCCGGACCAGACCCUUACACUUCACCCCUGCGACACAGGAGCUCCAUUUCUGCUACGUUAGCCGUUGGUUCUGUUGGUGUUUCUGGCGCUGGAUCAAGUUCGAGCGCAUCAUGAGCGACGGGGACUCGGUGGAUCGAAUUAUCAUCUCGUGCUGGGGACUACCGUUCUGCAACUGGGGUAUACAUAUGCUUAAGCAGCUGCUUACCGAAGCGCAACAGGCGUGGCUUGACAAGGAUAAGGAUGGCAUCGAGAUCUGGAGCCCCCAGAUGAGGUGGGGUGACUUAGCAUGGACACAAUGCGAAGCGCGUGCCCCGAGGCGCCUCGAUACUGUGAUCCUCGACCAGGAAACCAAAGCUGGAGUCUUGGCUGAUAUCGAGAGCUUUCUCAUGAACAGGGCGGUCUAUGCGGUGCGGGGGCUUCCCUACCGAAGGGGCUAUCUACUUUACGGUCCUCCUGGGACUGGCAAGACCAGUCUGUGUCUCGCCCUCGCCGGGCACCUUAAAUUACCAAUCUAUAUCAUGGAUGCCGGUCUGUCGAGUAUGGGGGAAAGUGGCUUCAAGGAACUCUUUCACAAAUUACCCACAAGGUGUAUUGUCCUGAUGGAGGACGUCGACUGUACGAAUAUGACCCAGACACGGGCAGCUGGGGACAGAGGCGAUGACAGUGAUGACAGUGAUGACAGUGAUGACAGUGACGACAGUGACGACAGCGACAACAGAAAGACUAGCAAAAAAAGGCAGAAGAGCAAAACGAGCAGAAUGAGCAAAACGACUACGAUGUCCUUGCCUGUCCCCCGAAUAUCUUCCAGGAGCCGCAUCUCAUUGUCGGUUCUCCUCAAUGCCAUUGAUGGCGUGGAUGCCCAAGAAGGUCGCAUUCUCAUGAUGACAAGUAACCAUGCUGAUAGAUUAGACGCUGCACUGAUCCGUCCCGGACGUGUGGACAUGCAAGUCAAGUUCAAGUAUGCGGCGCGCGAGGAGAUCCAGUCGUACUUUAGGACUUUCUACGCGCCUUUACAUACUAUGAGAUAUGUGGUACUCAUGCAAAACGCAGAGCGAGUGCCCAUGGUCACCUCGGGAGACAUCGACAGGUUGGCCUCUGAAUUCGCUGCACAAGUGCCCCCAGGACAGCUAACGCUUGCUGAGCUCCAGGGACAUCUUCUUGAAUGCAAAGACGACCCCUGAAGCAGCUCUCAAAAAAGUGGGGAAGUUGCUUGAGAAGACGAAGAGACAGCGUGAAAAGCGUGUCAGGAAGCAACUGAAGGAGCUGAAGUUGGCAGAGGCGGAAGAGAGGAAGCAACUCCUAAGUCAGGAGACAGAGAGGAGGAGAUACCACUUCAGGUCGCGACAGUCAUCAUAGCGAGAAGCAUGGGACUAGUAAUGUAUAGAAC